GCGCCCCCGAGGGGCCCGCCUGCCUCGCAGCCAAUGGCACGGAGCGAGGCGGCUGCAUGUGGCGGCGCCGACCCAGGGCCCGGGCUGGGAGGAGACAGGAGCGGAGCCGCCCGCGCCCCCUCGCUCACUCCGCUCUCCCCAGCUCCGGGCUGCACUUCUCCGCGCGGCGGCGGCGGCGGCGAGCCCAGGGCUGCACGCGGCGCCCCUCGGAGCUGCUGCGGCGCGCGGCUGCACCAUGGACUCGGACUCCGCGGAGCUGAGCGAAGGGGAGCUGCUCGCGCCUGCAGGUCUCGAUUGUUUCAGUUCAAAGAACCUUGCGCUGCAAGCACAGAAAAAGCUCCUGAGUAAAAUGGCUACCAAAACUAUGGCUAACAUGCUCAUCGACGACACAAGCAGCGAAAUAUUUGAUGAGUUAUAUAAAGUCACUCGAGAACAUACUAGGAACAAGAAGGAAGCUCACAAAAUUAUGAAGGACUUGAUUAAAGUGGCAAUAAAAAUUGGGAUCCUCUACCGAAACAAUCAAUUCAACCAAGAGGAGCUGGAAAUCGUAGACAAAUUCAGAAAGAAGCUGAAUCAGACAGCCAUGACAAUUGUCAGUUUUUACGAGGUAGAAUACACCUUUGAUAGAAAUGUUCUCUCAGAACUUCUGAAUGAAUGUAAAGACCUGCUGCAUGAACUGGUAGAGCGACAUCUGACACCCAGGUCCCACGGGCGUAUCAACCAUGUCUUCCAUCACUUUGCGGAUGUGGAAUUCCUCACUGCCCUGUAUAGCCUUGAUGGGGAUUGCCGACCGUACCUCAAAAAGAUCUGUGAUGGAAUCAACAAACUACUUGAUGAGAAAGUCCUUUGAAACUUUGCCUUUUACAAAACACAAAAACUCAUUCCUAGAGCUGCAGCAAACUGGCCAUACUUGGUGAGUUGUGGCAAAGCUUGUGAGCUUCCUUCCUACCAUCCCCCUAUUACAUGGACUUCAUCAGAAACCAGCAUGUGCUCACUUGGCUUAUUAUGAACAAAAAACCAAACCAGAAAGCUACAAAUUGUAAUUCGCAGUUCACAGGGAUUUCAGCCUUUUCAAAGGAGGGGAGUCAAUGGGGCUGCUGAUGCUUAUUAUUCAGAACAAGAUCACAGCACAUCCUAACCUCAGUAUCUGUGUUGGGGUCUUAUUGUGUGAAAAUGAACCUAAACGCAAGACAUGUGGCAGCGUCAAAGAUAGAAGGGAAAAGGCAGAAAGGGUGUUGCAUGGAAUUGACCCCCAAACUGUUCUUGUAUAUGUUUUUAUUAUUCCUAAAAAAGAUCUCCAAGGCUUAGAUGGAAAAUGCAGUUCUUAUGGGCACAAGUUCUCUCCUUUCAAUAGUGUCAGGAACCGAUAUGAGAGCACACCUCCAAUUUUGCAGGUGGUUAAGACCAUACUGGAGAGCAGAACUUUAUAAAAGGGGGAGAAGUGAGACGAGUAGAGAAGCUUCUUUAAGAAGCAUGUUCCCACUGGAGAUUUUUGCUUUGCAUCUGAGACUGUAAGUGAGAAACUUUUAUUUUGAUUCUGAAAAAUAGCUUAGUGACUCUAAAGUCAAACAUAAUGAAGAAACUAAAUAAUGAAGUACAACAUUGGCUUCAAUAAUAACAUGGGUCCCACACCGUGACAUCAAAUAGGCUUAGAUUAGAGGGCCAUGCUACUUCCUCUGCAAUUACUGUUUUCACUUCCAGAGCAUAGAUUUCCUGCUGAAGAACACCAUGAUAUAAAGAGCGGAACACCUGACAGGAAUAGUGAUAUUAUUGGAUCAAUGAAGCCAUCAUCUGUCCCUUCCUUCUUCACUGAAACACCAUUUCCACCUGCAAAUAGCAAAAGCUCUCAAAAGACAAUAUUCAAUGUAUGGAACAACUUUUCAGCCUUGGCUUAGUGUAUGUCCAUUCUUAAUUAAUUGUGUUUAUAGUCAAAUAGUGAAGUGUGGCAAACAGGGGGGCCCAAGCUGGUAUUUUCACAGUGCCAUUUAAGUAGAGAACAUACACAGCUCUAUAACUAGGGCUUGUUAACAUGGGAAAGUUAUGAGCAACACCAAGAACCUAUUGCAUCUUAUGCUGAUACACAUUAAAAAAAGCCACCCGAACAAACACACCAACACCUAUUACAGAACAAGGAUGAACUAAAGAACUUGCAGAAAAGUUACAGUGGUUGCAACAGCACAACUGUCCUGGCGAAAAUCCAGAUUUUAUAAUCCCUAGUCCAGAGCAUCACAAAAGAAAACAGCACGGUCUAGUGCUUAAAACUACCAACUCAAGCUCUGCCACUGAUGUCAAAGAUUACAGACAUGUCACUUAGCUUCUCUGUGUCGCAACCCGUAAAAUUUCCCCUUUAUAAAUUGCUCUGAAAUUAUUGGAUAAAAACCCCCACACUAUACAAGAGUUUAGCAUUGCUAUUAGGAAACUAAGGGCUUGGAUACACUUGCAAGUUAGAGCGCAUUAAAGCAGCCCCUGGCGCCCUAACUCACGACCCAUCCACACUGGCAAGGCAUUAGAGCACCUGGACUCUGCAGCUGGAGCGCUCCUGGUAAUCCACCUCCACGAGAAGCAUAACACUUGCUGCGCCUCGGCUGAAAUGCCCCAGCAUCAGUGUGAACGAGGUGUUGCAUUACUGCACUCUGAUCAGCCUCUGGAAACGUCCCAUAAUCUCCUUAGGUCAAGUGGCCACUCUUGUCAUUGUUUUGGAACCGGCUGCAGGAAUGUGGAUAUGCCCUUUCAAAGCUCUGUUUCUGACAGCCGGCUGCUUAUCUGCUCCGGGACAAAGCAACCAUUAGUGUGGAAUGUUGCUUGCUGGGGGGGGCGGCAGGGGGAGAGGGGUCUGCUGCUGUCUGAACUUACAAGACAGCAUGCUGACACGCUCUCAGCCCCCAAAAACGCACUCUCUUUGUGGCUACGCCAGUGUGCUUGAAUCUGACAGUGUGGACACAUUGCAGCGCUUUCCCUACUGCACUCUCCGAGGGCUGGUUUAACUCACAGCGCCCUACAUCUGCAAGUGUAGCCAGGCCCUAAGACUGAGGAAAUCCUGGUACCAAACGAAAUGUUGGCAGAGAAUUAUAUUGCUCGUUAUUGAACUGAGGUGACUUUUCUCUUUUAGAGGCAGAGGGAAAAUGCAUUACCAAUUCAUCUGAAAGCCAACUUUGUUGUGCUAAAAUCUCCAAAAGUGAAAUUAUUAAUUAAUUUCAACCUUUACAUUGCACCCAUUAAUCUAUAGGCACUAUCUGCAAUAGAGCAGAGCACGACAGAAAGAGUAGGCUCUAUGAUAGGACAUUUUUGUACCUCAAGGCCUCCUAGAAGCAAGUGGUCACUCUAAGAAAACAAGUUGGUCUACUCAACAUAGGUGGGUGAGAAAGAGCUUUCUUGUACUGCGUAUAUUUGAGAGUUCCCAACUCAAGAUAUUUUCCCAACUCAAAUCAGGGCAAAAAGUCAAAUUUCAAAAACAUCCCAGGGGGGAGGAGGGGAGAGCGGAUUUUUGUUUUGAGUCAAUCCAAAUGUUUCAUUUCAGUAAUUUUGACUUUUUUUUUUUAAUUUAAAUAAAAGCCUUUUUGAGGCUCAUUAACUUAAAUUUCAAAACAAAAAGUAGUUUUGAGCCAGCUAAAUCAGAAUUUUUCACUUCAAAUAUUUUUCUCAACAUUUUUUCAAGGUGGGAAAUUCAUUGAACUUGACCCUGUUCUGUGAAAACUUUGGUUUGGCAAAUCAGCAUUUUCUAUAGGUCAAGCAUUUUAGCUCCUUAUAACUAGCGGACAUAGACCUCUAUCACUAAGUGCAAUAACAUAUCCGCCAACAGCAGGUAUGUACAGUUAGCCAAAAUAUCUAUUAAGUUACACAGGGCUAGAUCAUGGAGUCGUCAAGUCCCACCAGCUAAAGCUGGCAGAGUUCAUUUCCCCAUCUGUGCUGCCUUGAUUGCAGCACAGAUACGUUGGUGUCAGGUUGGAGCCACAGAGGCUGCUCCCUGUCCCAUGCCAUGGCCUUUUGAUAUGAAUAAUUUGCGCAGAGUAAGAGGCAUCUUAUAUUCCCGUACUUCCCUGGACAAGUGCAUGCUGCAGGUCAAGAUCUGGCCCUUAAAACAUGGUACUUAGGAGGGAACCCACUAAAAAGAAAAUCUACAGCAGCAUCAAAUGUUAUUGUGUCUUGAGGCACUAACCUUUCCCCGUUUUGAAAUUCUGUGAAUUUUAUAGCAACACCCUUGACUUACAGAUACAGCAGAUUUAUAGUACAUUUAAAACUCUGCCCCCACCAUUGUGUUCAUCCACUCCCACAGCUCUAAAGAUACUUCGGUUUGAGACAGUACCUCCUUUUAGAUGACAUGCGAGUGACAGAUAACCUUGAAGACAACACAGAUGUCAAAUACUGUGCCAAAGGGUGUAUUACAAUAAUUAGAUGCAUAUUUUUAAAACUCAUGAAAAAUUAUGCAUUUGAAAGCUAUUUCGUUACCUAAGCAAUGCUUACAGAGCAGAUCACUGAUCUCAUCAGUAUUACAGAGAGUUGUUUUCACAUGUAAACAUUAUUCAAAAUACUAUAGUAACACAGACUUCAGAACAUUUUCUUGUACUUCUGUCUUUUCUCCCCCACAAAACAAAUAUGUCAUAUGCAUUGCAACAACAAUCCCAUGUUUCCUUUAUAUAGUGCAAUUGUCCUUAGACAGCUGGAUACCCAGCUACCUGAUUCUGAUACUAAAGGGGUACAGUUGCACAUGUACAAUCAGAAGUGUUCUUUUCAUCUCAUCUUCGAAGAGUGUAUUUCAAAUGCACAGGAAAAAAAGCCAUUUAAAAUGGCAGCACCGUAGGCCGCUUGUGUUGGAGCGAUUUUCCACCCAUUUCCCUUGAAUCCAUGAAGCUUCUGUUCAAUAGCAACUUAUGUGGACUGCCCUUCUGUGGCAUAAUACAAAGAUAAAAUCUGGGCAGAAGGACUUGCAAGAUUUGCCUUAAGUGGUAAAAACGUAGGCAUUCACCAGAACCAUAUUUAAUAAUCUACAUUUACAUACAAUAUUGGCCAAAAUCUGCCCCAAAGCACUACUUAUCAAACUGAUGGGGGGUGGGGUUUUUUUGAGAGUAUAUAAUACAUCCAACACAAAUCCUAGUGCACAGAGCAUAUCAAAUUUCAGAGGGUGUUUUUAUUUUGUUUUGGAGCAAGCUAAGUGCAUGUAAGAUUUAAAAAAAAAAAAAAAACAAAGCCAGAAUAAAGCUACCAUUCAAGAACGAAGACAGUUGAAAGAAAAACGAUACUCUGUAUGUGGUUUCUUUUUAUGUCUUGCAUAUAUCAGUAUUCAGAGUCUGGUAUUUUAGAAAACAGCCAAAUGUCUGUCAUUUUAUUUAUAAAUUUCAGUAGCCUUAAGGUGGAGGAAAAAAUGUUUUCAAGUAUUUCUGAUACUUGUAUAUCCUGUAUAUUCAUUGUUUACUUUUAUACUGGUGGCUUGGUAUGUAAUAAUAUUGGCAAUGUUCAAGUCACCCAUAAAGUAUAUGAUGUAUUAUCGUAAUGUUUGUGGAUUAAAUGAUUUGUGAUUACUGUA